GUCCUCACUCCCGGGCCUCCCCUCUCACCUGCCUCCCACCCAUUUGUCUUCUGCACCUGCCCGAGCUUCUGAGUCUGACCCUGUUUUCCCUCCAGGUGGUGGCAGUGGCUGCGCGCGAUCUGAGCCGGGCAAAGGAGUUUGCCAGAAAACACGACAUCCCCAAAGCCUACGGCUCCUAUGCGGAACUGGCCAAGGACCCCAACGUGGAGGUAGUCUAUGUUGGUACUCAGCACCCCCAGCACAAGGAUACCGUGCUACUUUGCCUGGCAGCCGGCAAGGCUGUCCUGUGUGAGAAGCCCAUGGGUGUGACUGCGGCAGAAGUCCGGGAGAUGGUUGCCGAGGCUCGAUCCCGAGGCCUCUUCCUUAUGGAGGUGAGGUUGGAAAGCCCUGGUUGCUUAAUGCCCAGCACAACACUGCUUGCCAUUACUAAAGAUUAUUGCCACUGAUCAUUUCUUUGGAGGAAUGCAGGAAUUUGCCAA